AUGUUUAUCGGCGCACUCGCCUUCUGUUACUUCUCUAAAUCCCUGACGGGGUCUUACACCAAAAGCACCAUCACUCAGAUUGAGAGGCGGUUUGAGAUCCCGAGCUCCACCGUUGGUUUCAUUGAUGGCAGCUUUGAAAUGGGUAAUAUGUUGGUCAUUACCCUGGUAAGCUAUGUUGGUGCUAAGUUUCACAGGCCCAAGAUCAUUGGAGCAGGGGUUCUGCUAAUGGGUAUAGGAACUCUGCUAAUGGCUUCACCUCAUUUCAUUAUGGGCCGGUACAAGUAUGGUACAGCUGCCACCCACACUAAUGAUGCUGGUAAUUUCACUGUGAUCUCUACAUGCUCAUCCGACUCUCAGGAAACUCUUCAACAGCCUUACUCUGGAUGCCAAAAAGAGGAAGCUGAAAGCUCACCCUUUUGGGUGAUCGUGCUUUUGGGAAACGCUAUGCGUGGGAUUGGGGAAGCCAGCAUUGUCCCUCUGGGAAUGUCAUUCAUUGAUGAUUAUGCACGGCCAGAAAACUCAGCUUUUUACAUUGGUUGUCUAAACACUAUUGGAGUGAUUGGGCCAAUUGUUGGUUUUUCACUUGGAUCUCUAUGUGCUAAUCUUUAUGUGGAUAUCGGCCUAGUGAAUCAAGAAAGCGUGACCAUCACACCACAGGACUCUCGCUGGGUUGGGGCUUGGUGGUUGGGUUAUGUGGUGUCUGGCCUGUUGACUCUCCUUGCUGCUUUUCCUUUUGGGUUCCUGCCAAGAGCUCUGCCUGAAAAUUCCCAAAUCUCAGAGCUAGACCACCCCUCAGAACAGCACAAAAAUCCACCAAGCAUUAUGGAGAUAGUCAAAGAUUUUGCACCAUCUUUUAAGCGUCUGCUUGCCAAUAAGAUCUACAUUCUGUACCUUGCUCACAGUAUAGUGGCAUUCAACGACUUUGCCAUAGGCAUAACAUACACGCCAAAAUAUCUGGAACAGCAGUUUGGACAAAGUGCAUCGAAAACCAACUUUCUGAUAGGAAUUACAUCGAUUCCAACAUUUGCUCUGGGUAUUUUCCUGAGUGGGUUGAUGAUGAAGAGGUUUAAAUGGGGUCUGCUGGCAUCUGCAAGAGUGAAUUUGUACACUGGUGUCACCACAUUGUUUUUGACCAUAACUUUCUUUGCUCUCAGCUGUAAGAAUCUAGAUGUCGCUGGGGUUACGGCGCCCUAUCAAAGGUUCUUAUCGCUAUCUGCAUAUUUAAAGUAUUCAUUUUUAAAUCACUUGUAGGUUAUUGGACAACAUAAUGAAUUGU